GCGGGGCUGUCAAAAUAAAAUUUUAAGCACUGUUUUUCACACGUGCUAGCUGUUUAUCGACAGUUUUACUGGAAAAGCUUUUAAAUUUUAUCUUUCCUCGAGAGUGAAAUAAAACCAGAAUUUAUAAUUUGUUAAACACCAAGUUUUAUUUAAAUAUUUUGUUCGAUAUCAAAGAAUGGUUUACAUAGAACCCUCAUUCCCACGCGGUCGUAAAGCAGAAGAUCAUCUAGAGCAACAGCCGAAGAAAAAGUCCAAGAAAAACAAAGCGGAAUAUGGAGCCUCAACCGCCAAUGACGAGAAACAGCAAAAACCGCGACAACGGGAACGCCAACAGGCUCGUUUGGCGCAAAUGGAAGACAACAAGGAGCAAAUUGAGCAAAGCGUUAAUGCUUCUCCGUUAACUUUCCGAACGGCUCAAGAAGGUAUGCUAGUUCUGGGAUGCAUUUAUCGAGUCAACAAAAUGGAACUGGUCGUAUCGCUUCCUGGGCGACUGUUUGGAACCGUUAACAUAACUGCCAUUUCGGCAGCCUACUCUGAGCGCCUACAAGGGAUGUUGCAAAACAAGGAAAUAAUGGAUGAAAAAAGUUGUCCCUCAUUACAAGAACUUUAUGAGCCCGGAGAUUUGAUUUAUGUUAAAAUUAAAGCCAAACAAACAGACCUUAAACGAUUCGUGUUGACUUUGGAUCCCUCGGAAUUGCAUAGCGAAUUCAAUCCACAAAGCUUAGUGGUGGGUUUGGUGUUAUGUGCCACUAUACAGGAAGAAGAAGAUCAUGGGUACCAAAUGGAUGUUGGGAUAAAAAAUGUUAGGGCAUUUCUGCCGACCGAGAAUAUUCAGAAUAACAGAAUCGAUGUCGGGGCAAACUUGUUUUGUUCAAUUGUCAAGAUAACACAUGCUAAAGGAUCUGCCGUAGUAGUAUUGAAGGCUUUCAAACCAGGUGAAGCUAGGAAACUGGAAAUUGGGGAAGUAAACUUGGACGCAGUUGUUCCUGGAUGCGUGAUUCCAUUUACAAUCAGUUCUCUACUUCCCAAUGGACUACAGGGCACCCUUUUCGAUGAUACUGUUCCGGCUUUCGUUAACGAAAAUAUGCUAGAAAAACCUUUGUCCAAAACAAAUAACUAUGAACUUUUCAAAAGAUUGCAAGCAAAAGUUCUUUAUAUUAUGCCUAUGACCAAGCAUGUAUUCCUCACACUGGCCGGAUUUGAUAAUAACAAAGUAUCAACUACUGAACCCAUAGCUUUUGGUACCGUUAUUGAAGACGCCAAAGUUUUAAACAAGGCCAGUUCUGGCGUGUGGUUCCAGAUAGGUAAAAAGCACAAAGCUUUGUUACCAAGCUACAUUUUGAAGAGUCAGUUUAAGGAAAAUUACGACGAACAGAUUGUGAUGGCUAAAUAUACGGUUGGAUCAACACAUAAAGUACGGAUUAUACGAUAUGAAGUUUUUGAUAGAACUUUAAUUGUCACGGAUGACGAGAAAAUCAUUACCAGCAAAUUCUACUCUCAGAAUGACUUGAAAGUUGGAGACAUGUACGAGUGUCGAGUAACCAAAGUGUUGGACAAUAAACGUGGCUAUCUGGUAUCGCUGGAUAAUAUAAAGGGAUCCUUAUCAUCGCAUAAUUUUGCUCCCACAAAGCCGUACCAGGUAAAUCAGACAAUUAAACUUCGUUUGAUUGCAUUUGAAACCGAGAAGCAAACGGCUCAAUUUACCAAUCACAAGGAAUUCCUCAAGAAAUCCGCUAGUCUAGUCACGGAGAGAGAAAACCUUCAACCAGGACAGAAAGCUCUUGGCAUCGUCAUAAACGAAAGUGAAAAGUAUUUCAUCAUAGUUUUCUGCAAUAAGAUAAAGGCAAUCCUUUUCAAGUACAUUCGAACGGUUCCGCAAGAUCAAGACAAAAUAGCAACCCUCAAGCCGGGUAUGGCUUGUGUUUUCACUGUUCACGAGGUAUCUGAGAAUGGUUCCAAAAUAAGCCUAGCGCUUCCUUUAACUGAUAACUUUAAACAAGGUAAUCGAAUUACAACCGGAACUAUCACCGGCAUCUUUGCCACCGGUGCUGAUAUACAUCUGGUUAAAGAAAAUGAAACUGGUGUUAUACCUCCUGAGCUAUACUCUGAUUUUCCCGAGCAUAAUUCCAUCUUCCAGAAUGUUCUGAGAGAAAAACAAAACCUACGUGUUGUAAAAGUAAAGGAAAACGUCUACAGCUUUCGGGAUGUGGAAUAUUUCCGAACUAAAAGCAACGAGCUAAAGGACGUACGUCUGGGACAAAUUUUGAGGGCCUACAAUGAGGAUUCCAUGGGAACGAUACAACAAACCAAGGCACAUUUUCGACUCGCCCUCAAGGACUAUCCUCAAAAGAUCACCUUCAAGGCAAGCGAUUUCUCGAGUGACAAUAAACGGUUCACUCUGCACGAGAGUCAAGUGGUUCUGGUCAAGGUGAUAAGACGAAUCCAGAAUCCAAAGGGCGAUUACCUAGUCGUGUCCCCGAAGUUGACGGAUGUUUGCUCCAAUGGUGUAGAAGAUCCUUUGCGUUACACACAAGCCUAUCUUAUCAACAUAAAGGAGCUACUGAGUAGAUUUAAAGCUAUUGGAAAGCCAUUUGCCGAGUAUUCGUUGGCCCAGAGGGUGACUUGCGUGGUGGAAAGUUUCAUCGACGACAGUGAAAAAAUGGUUGUUAAACUCGGCAAUGAACAAUCUUCUGUAAAAGGAAUCGCAACGAAGGAUCCUAAGCAUGAAGGAGAGUACACGAAAGGUGCUGAGUUGGAUGCAUGUGUCGUUUGGGUGGAUGUUGAAAAGCAACUUGUUCAUGUCUGCAUUGUCAAGAAGCACUUGAACCAUAUUACGGAUGUGUCCAAGCUGACAGAUGAAGAUGUCGCCGGUUUCAUGAACGUUGACGAAAAAUACAAAUUUGUCACAUUAUUCUCCAACAACUAUGUGGCCGUGGGUUGUUUGAAAAAAACCAAUAGCCCGCUGGUGAUACUGCCUGUGAAAAGUCAUUACAAUGAUUUCGAUCCGAUAGCUGUAGAAGAAAUUUCCGAAAUUGUGAUCCUUCGAACAUACGACGGUGUAUUGCAGGGGUUAGCUGAACAAACAUAUGAAAGAUACAAAGAUUUGAGGGCUUCACUGAAAGCUGAAAAGGAGCCAACGAAAAAAAAUUGCUGGUUACCCGAUGAUUUCGUAGAACCUGGGGAAGUAGACAGCAAAGAAGAGUUUUCAGGUGAUUCUGGUAUAGACAAAGACGACGUAGUUGGAACACAGAAAGAUUCCACUGUGAAAAUAAGCGAUUCGAAAAAACAGAAGGCAACCAAGUCUAAAAGAAAAAAUAUUGCAUUACCGACAAAGGGCAUUGCUUCUGCAGCGAAGGCACUCAAGAAGAAAAAUCGCAAAAAAAAGUCAAUGGUUAAAAAAUUGAAACAACGUGAUCCAUUCGUGAUUAGUCAAUUAGAUGGUACGGAUGAUGUCUUGAUGGGUAUGUUCAAUAGGAAGGACAAUAAGAAGUAUUUUUUAUCCAAGCGCCCGACUGCUAAAAAUUCUAUAAGCAAUCAGCAGUCGGGUUCAAUCAAACACGAAAAACAAAACAAAAUGAAUCAAAUUGUAAAGCAGUCAGUAGACAGUGAAGUCAAAAAGCCUGAUAAGAAGGAGGUUAAAGAUGGUCCGACAACAAAAACAGGAAAAAUCCAAAAACCGAAGAAAGAAACUCUUCCUGGAGCGGAAUCGUUCUGGAAAACUCAGCAUAAGCAAAAACGUAAAUAUGAAUCCGAAUCUAGCAGCGAUGAUGAUCAGAUCGAAAUGCCUGUCAAAAAACGUCUCAACGCUAAGGAACGGUUCGAAAAGCUCAAGCAAGAAGAGAGUCGAAUCAGAAAAAUCGAAGAAGAACUAGCAGACGCCUCGGUAGACCCACAUACUCCAGACCAAUUUGAUCGGUUGGUAUUGGCGCAGCCUAACAGUAGUCUCGUUUGGAUUCGUUACAUGGUGUUUCACAUGGAGUCGGCAGAAAUCGACAAGGCCAGGGCCGUGGCUCGUCGAGCUAUUAAAGCUAUAAAUUUUCGCGAAGAAGGUGAACGACUAAAUGUAUGGUUGGCUUUGCUGAAUUUGGAACUACGCUAUGAAACUGUGGAGACGUUUAAAGAAGUUUUAGUAGAGGCUAUCCAGUACAAUGAUCCCUUCAAAGUGUACUCAAAAGUGGUUGAUAUUUUGGUUGAUUGUGGCAAACACAGCGAAGUAUCAGAAAUCAUUGACAUAUUGCAAAAGAAAUUCAGAAAAGAAUCGGAAAUGUGGUUCUUAGUUGCUACUUGUUACUAUAAAAUGGGAGAACGUGUUAAAGUUAAACCCCUAUUGGCGAAAGCUUUGAAAGCAUUAGAAAACAAAGAACACAUCCCGCUGAUAGUAAAAUUUGCAUUUCUACACAAUCGCAACGAAAACCAGGACGAAGCGCAUAUUCUCUUCGAGCACCUGCUCACAUCGUAUCCGAAGCGAACCGAUCUAUGGUCCCAGUAUGUAGAUAUGUUGGUCAAGGAUGGUUUGGUGGAUGUGGCCCGGCAAACAUUAGACCGUGCCAUUAACCAACGUUUACCGUUGCGAAACAUGAAAACUCUUUACACCAAGUACGUAAACUUCGAAGAGAAACACGGAACAAGAGAAGCAGUUCGCCGAAUCAAACAAAUGGCAGCUGAUUACGUUAAGCAGCAACUGGCUGCGAAUGGAAUAUCUGGCGACAAGGCCGAAUAGAAAGAACACGUAGGUUAAAAAAUGAUUUUAAUUGAAACAUUAAAUUUGAUUAUAUGAAUAAAGUUUAUAUAAUUUCAAAAUGA